UCAUCGCUGCUCAAUCUCGUCUCGAGGAUUUAAAGAUGGCGCCCCUAGACUACAGAAGCAUGUUAGCGAUGGCACGCAGGAAUCAGAGCCAUAUCCACCAACGCGGAAAAGUUGAAGUGAAUUCUACAGAGGAUUCAAACGCGAUGAGUUCAAAACCAGAUGAUGGCCACAAUGGGCGGAGUGUAAUUGAAGUGAAAACGAGACAGCAUGUGUUUUACACGAAAGUAAACACCAGUCACGAUGACAAAAGGGAAUCCAUCCAGGAUGAGAAAAUUAGGGGAGAGAAGACAGUCGAGCAUGCAUCCAAGAAAGAUAACUUUAAAGAGGACGAACCGACCACCGCACAGUGCGCUACUGAUGGAACAGAUGAUUCCACAAUGAUGAAUAUCUUCGAAGACGUGGCAUCAAGGAGAAAAUUUCACGGAGGAGUAGGGGAGACUCCUUGGAAGCAUGAAGCAGGGCAGCAAGGAAGACAAAAGGAAUCCACAGAUGAUCCAGGAUGCCUUCAUUUGAAGAAUGAUCGGCCGGUGGAUUCUACUGUUGUGUCACCUUUUCCCUGCACAAUCACCACCCCUCUCCAGCCUAUGGGAUCGACGUUACCCGCUAAGUCAUAUCCUGAAAAGGCCAAACUAACGAAAGGUUUGCAUGAUCAACAAACGCACACAAGGCGCGUUUUGUUGCAGACAGGUGAAGGUCAAGGAAAAGUAAGCGAGAGCCCUCGAGGGCAACUAAAGUCAAGCCUUCAUUCGACGAAUGGGGAUAUCCUGCAUUGUAGCAGGGCAGAAAACAUGAGAGAACAUGGAAACUGCUCUGUCAUGAGCACGGAGAAAAUGUCGAAGUAUCUGAAUAUUGGGUGCAGGGAUUUGAGAGAAGAGGCACGACUGAAAUACCCAAAGCAGCAUGGUUUGUACUCUUCUAACGCAUUGCUUCAAGUUGAAAACUCGCAGCCUGGACAAUCUCCUCCAAAGGCCGUAAAGCAGCAUGUGUCCCAGAACAGGCAAGGUCAGCCUUGCAGAUUACAUGACUCUCUUGGUGAUAAGGAGAAUUACAGCAUGAGCAGCUCCAAUGAUCAAGAGCGGAGUAUUCUGGCAUCUUUGGAAAGGCUGGACUGGAAACUGGCUGCGAUAUCAGCAAGAGCAAUGAAUCGGACAAUCACUACACCUUCUCUAAUUUCCCAGAACCAAACUUCCAUUCAGUCAGCACCAGCUGCAACUAGAUUUAAAGAAUCAUCCACCGAUGGAACUCCAAGGAAGGUUUCCAUGCACCCUCUAAGGCCAUCGUCGGUGAAAACACACAAACCACCCACGAGGAACUUCAGGCAGCGGCGAAUUGUUGGAGUAACAAACAAGUUCCACCAAGAUAUAUACAACUAGAUCUGAAAUCCUUUCUGUAUUCUACAACUGCAAUUGUGGUAAACUAAGAGUUCCACAUUUCGGGUUCAGAAACGAUUUGGCACCUCCGCUUUCGUCAAUCGUGACAAGCAAAAUGGCUACGAAAAACAGAAAAAAUUCUAGCCUUGAAGGGCAAUUUGAGGGUCACACCAGAAAGAAUUGAGAUGGAUUGGGUUGCAUGCAGUUGAAUUUAUGGAAGCAUAUAUUUUGAUGCAUUAUAAGGUAAUUCUCUGAACAUAUACACAGGAAUACAUGCAAUCUGGACGGUAAAACUUGUCAUCACCUUCUGUCCAGGCUCAAGACUUACAGCCACAAGAUGAAGCUAAGGAUUAAGCUCAUGUAGAGUGGUCAAAGUCUCCAUACAACCAGGAGGCGAAGUCUUCACAAAAAUGAUCUAAUCUCCUUGGAUUCGGGAGUAAUUACUACGGACAUAGACAUGAGUAGAAUUGAAUUUAACAUUCGAUCCAGUGUAAUUACUUUAAUUGAAACACGAUACUUACAAGUUG